CUUGUCUUUGAGUGCAAAACCUCUCGACGCAACUUAGUUGCACUCGGAACAGCGAAGGAGCAAUUUUCACGCCGUCUUUGUAGGACAUUCUGCCGUCUGGAGAUUCAAUGGAUCUGGAGCUCCACCAUGGAGAGAGAACGCUGGCUGAGGCUGACCUCUUGGAGGAGUUUGCCCACAAUAUGGCUGACGGCAUAGUGCAGUCUUUUCUAAACACGAUGGGUGGAGAGAAACGUCCAGAUCCAGAUCAGACGUUGGCGGCGGAGUUGGCGUUGGUGAUCAUUGAAACGGCGCUGAGGGAAGUGUGUGUGAAAGAUCCGACUAAAGGAUCGGAAAAGUCUGAGCACUCUGAGGAAGACUCAAUGGACAUGAGUCCCAGCACAGACAUCCGUCCCGUUCCGCCUCCACAUCCACCUUUGUACCAGUCCGGCCUCCCUCUCGUGGGCUCCCUCGACUACCCCGACGCCCCUCCCUCCACCCCCCUCGUACCCGAGCUCCAGAGGAGCAGACACAGCUUUGCCCAGAAGCUGAAGGGGGGGUUAGCCAACGCUUUCCUGCCCUCCCCGCCUCCCCCAACUCCCAAAGACAAAGAGGACAGCUCGAGCGUUGACCCUCAGAUGGAACUGAUGGAGCACCUGAUGCUCUCGCUGAGUACGGACGACUUACCUAAAGAUGGUUUGGAAGUGACCUCUCAGCACGGGGCCAGCGUAGAACAUUUUGCGGAAACGUUGUCAUGUGACAUCGUGAGCGGGGUUCUAAGUGUGAAAGGCAGAGAGGAGAUGCAAAACAGAAUAAAUCUGGAUCUGUUAGCCCAACAAAUGGCUGAAACCAUCAUCAGCUACUCUCUUGGUCAAACUAAAAUCCUUCAGUAGCAUCUGAUUGAAAUUCUUUAUCUUAUUUCAAAAUAAAAGUUGAAAUUUGGUGAAUUUGUAUUUUAGGCGAAUAUUGUGCUUGUUUUAUAUUUGUUAGACCUCAAAUGUACUUUUUUGGUUAGAAUGACUUCCCUGACCCCCCAUGAGCCGAAUGGAGGUGACACACAGAAAACAGUUGGAAAGAUCCACAUAAUUACCAAUGUGUCCAAUAGAUGGCAGCACAGGGGAAAUGAUGCUGUUGAUGUCCUCCAAGUUUCCAAGAUUCAUGAAACUGUUUCUGGUGUUUCAGAUUCUAGCAAGAACCCAUUUUCUCAUCAAUGAAUCUCUAACUUAUGAUCAAACAAUGCAUUUGUUGCUAGUGAUUUUUUUCUUGGUUUUGUCUUUUUUUUUGCUUGGAUUUGACAGAAUGUGCACAAAUGGUGAACAAAAUGAAGCUCAUUUGUUAAAGAAAAAUGUUAUUUUGUGUUUUUGCAAACCAUACAUCACACCACUGAUAAUAAUAUACUAAUAUUAAACAUGCUUUUCAUUUUGGAUUUUUUUGUUUUUU